CCAGUUGCCCCAGAACCAAGCGAGUGUCCAGGUCACACGUGAGUGCCUCGGGGGACGGCGGUGAAGAAUGAUGAUGGGGGUUGGGGCAAAGUUGUUGGUGGGCGGGCGGACAGGUGAAGGGGAUGGAGGGGGGUUGAUGGUCCUAGCUAUUUAUUGUGCCGCCCCUGACGCCUCGCCUGCAGUCUGAGUGAUUUGUCGCACGCCGGGCGCGUGCCACGGGGGCAUCUCUCUCCUUUCUCUCUCUCCUCUCUCUCUCUCCACCCUCCUCUCUCUCCACCCGGGCGCGGCUCACACGCGCGCACCCACACACGCGCGUGCCGUCUCCCCCUCCCUACACUCACACACACGCACGCGCACGCACGCACGCGCGCACACAUCCCGCGCCGCUGCCGCCGCACCUGCCCGGCAGGUAUGGCCGUCUACUACAACGCGUUCGCCUCCUAUUCGUCACUGGAGCUGACUGCGCAAGCGGCGGGAGCUCCUCAAGUCCCCGGCUGGGAUUCUCCGCCGCUCACCCCAGCAGCUGCCACCUCAUCGACGACUUCGUCCGCCCCUGCCUCCUGGCUCCUGCACGGCGGUGCCAACGCAGCCGAGGUGCAGGGAGGCAGCCCAACGCCUGCUGUGCCCCCGCCUCCGUACGGCGUGGCGGGGGCAAACUCCUCGUGUUACCACCACCAACAACAACUCCAGCACCACCACCACCAGCAGCAGCAGCAGCAGCAGCCCGUGGGACCCCACGGCCUCCCCGCGCCGAUGAUGAUGACGGCUGGGGAUGCGGUGGUGGUAGCGGCUGCUGGUGGUGCUGGUGGUGGUGGUUCGGGGAUGAGCUGGCACUCGAUGCCCGGAGCGUCGCAGGCGAGCCUGGUCCGCAUGGCGCGGCCUCCUUACUCCUACUCGGCGCUCAUCGCGAUGUCCAUCCAGGGUGCGCCCGAUCACAAGCUGACGCUCAAUCAGAUCUACCAGUACGUGACCGACAACUUCCCGUACUACGAACGCAGCAAGGCGGGCUGGCAGAACUCGAUCCGGCACAAUCUGUCGCUCAACGACUGCUUUCGCAAGGUCCCGCGCGACGAGGAUGAUCCAGGCAAGGGAAAUUACUGGACCCUGGACCCAAACUGCGAGAAGAUGUUCGACAAUGGCACAUUCCGCCGCAAGAGGAAGCGCAAGGGGGCGGAUAGUGGCGCCCCCGCCCGGCACUCCGCAGUGCCAUCCGCGAUGCCAUCGGCGUGCGACAAACCCCACGAGCCUGCACCCUGUGCCUACGGGAGCUCCGAGAUGUCCCCACCCUUGCCGUCUCAGCUAGGCGGCAUCGGCCCCGCGCCGUCCCUGCCGGACAUGCUGGGAGCGCCCGGCACGGUGGCACCGCCGCCGGUGACAAGCGCGGCGCACCUUCCGCAGGCCCUCGGCGUUGGCGUCAGCGAGCUGCCGUCGCCGGGGCUCGGGGUGUCGCCGCCGCCCUGGGCUGAGCCCGACCCCACGGAGUCGUGCUUCUCCAGUUUCGUUGGUGGUGGUGGCGACGGCGGAGGUGGUGGCAGUGGCAAUGGCAUGGAGAUGGAGGACGAGAUUUGCGGGCGGAUGGGUGGGCACAAUGCCAGCUCGCCGCUGUCGGCACUUGCCCAGUACCCGUUUCCCGCCACGUCUGCACCCUUCUCUGACUACAGCCUGGCCCUGUCCAUCGGGGGCCUCCCGGGCUUCUACCAGCACAGCCCCCGGACGGCAGAACAAGGUGGUGCAGACCACUUCUUCCCCAGCACCUGUCGGGACAAUGGACUGCUACAUUACUCGGGCGGGGGGGAGUAUUGGUAAUAAAUGUAAUUAUAUUAUUGGUUCUUUCGGUAAAGUCACGUAGAAGGGAAACAAUAAAAUAAUAAAAAUAUAAAACAAU